UGUAGCUCCAAUUUCAAACCAGACGUGAAACUCAUUCAGAUGCCUCCCUCUUUCUCCGCUGCUCUGUCUCUCUCUGGAAGCUCGUUUUUAGCUGCAUGUCAUUCAGUCGUUCAGUCAGUCAGUCAGUGGCUCCGCUCCGCUGCGCCUGCGCCUGUCUCUCCAGCUCUCCAAAACCGAAACGCGCCACCGAUACCGCCGCCGCCGCCACUGCGGGCAUGACAUACUACAAGCAGUACUGAUAGUGGGUUUCCAUCUCCCGGCUUUUGAGAGGAUUAAAAAAAAAAAAAAAAAAAAAAAAAAAAAAAAGGAGGGAGACGUGGAGACAUAAAAGAAGAACAGAGGGAAGAGAUACAUUUCUGGCCGUGCCGUGCGUCGAGAGGAGUGGAUGAGUCAAUGGCUGGGGCACAGCCUGGAGUUCAUGCGUUGCAGCUCAAACCAGUGUCCGUGCCGGAGUGCCUCCGAAAGGGCAGCAAAUUUAUGAAAUGGGAUGAUGAUUCCACCACUGUGACCCCUGUGACUCUAACAGUUGACCCCAAAGGCUACUUCCUGUACUGGAUUGACCAGAACAAGGAUACAGACCUGCUGGAUAUUACGUACAUAAAAGAUGCCAGAAAUGGAAAGUGCACUAAAACACCAAAGGAUGCAAAGCUGCGUGAACUGCUGGACGUCAGCACACUGCCAGGGAAGUUGGAGAACAGGAUGCUGACUGUGGUUAGCGGCACUGACAUGGUCAACAUCACCUACCUGAACUUCAUGGCCUUUCAAGAGGAGAUUGCAAAGGAAUGGGCAGAGGAAUUAUUCAGCCUGGCGUCGAACCUUUUGGCACAGAACAUGUCCCGAGAGGCCUGCCUUGAGAAAGCAUACACUCGACUGAAGCUGCAGCUCAACCCGGAGGGACGAAUUCCUGUCAAGAAUAUCUUCAGGAUGUUCUCAGCAGACAGGAAGCGAGUGGAGACAGCACUGGAAAACUGCAACCUCCCUGCUGGCAGAAAUGACUCCAUCCCCCAGGAGGAUUUCACUCCAGAGGUUUACAGCAUGUUCCUGAGUAACAUCUGCUCUCGACCAGAGCUGGACAACAUCUUCUCUGAAGUUGGAGCAAAAAGUCGGCCGUACCUCACAGUGGAGCAGAUGACAGAGUUCAUUAACAGCAAGCAGCGAGACCCUCGUCUGAACGAGAUCCUCUACCCUCCGCUCAAACCAGAGCAAGUUCAGCUGCUGGUGGACAAAUAUGAACCCAACAUGUCGCUUGCACAGAAAGGUCAGAUCUCGAUGGAUGGCUUUGCCCGGUAUCUGAACGGGGAAGAGAACAGCAUCAUUCCCCCAGAGAAGCUGGACCAGAGUGAAGACAUGACCUUUCCACUCUCUCACUAUUUCAUCAACUCCUCACACAACACAUACCUCACAGCGGGCCAACUCGCAGGAAACUCCUCGGUUGAGAUGUACAAACAGGUCCUCCUGUCUGGGUGCCGCUGUAUUGAACUGGAUUGCUGGAAAGGACGCACCACAGAGGAAGAGCCUGUCAUCACUCAUGGGUUUACAAUGACAACUGAAAUCUCUUUUAAGGAAGUGAUCGAGGCGAUUGCAGAGUGUGCCUUCAAGACCUCGCCGUUUCCUGUCAUCCUGUCUUUCGAGAACCACGUGGACUCGCCAAAGCAGCAGGCGAAGAUGGCAGAGUACUGCCGGUCAAUAUUUGGAGACGCAUUACUGAUGGAACCACUGGAGAAAUAUCCUCUUGACGCUGGAGUCCCACUUCCCAGCCCCAUGGAGCUGUUGGGGAAGAUCCUGGUGAAGAAUAAAAAGAAACAUCAGAAAGCCGAAGGAAGCACCAAGAAAAAGCUCUCUGAACAGGUUUCCAACACUUACAGUGAUUCCUCCAGCGUAUGUGAGCCGUCCUCCCCCAGCGCAGGUUCAACUAAAGAAGAGAUGGCCGAUUCGUCACAACCCUCUGACGGCGCUGAGCUCAACCUGAGACCACAUGGCAGGAAGUCUAUUGGUGAGGUGGAGGCCGAAAGCGACGAUGAGGAUGACGACGAUGAUGACUGUAAAAAGGGCUCCAUGGAUGAGGGCACAGCAGGCAGUGAGGCGUUCGCCACAGAGGAAAUGUCCAACCUGGUCAUCUACAUCCAGCCUGUCAAGUUUUACUGCUUCGAGAUGUCCAAAAAGAUCAACCGGAGCUUCCACAUGUCCUCCUUCGUAGAGACCAAAGCUUUGGAGCAACUGACAAAGUCUCCAGUCGAGUUUGUGGAAUACAACAAGCUGCAGCUGAGCAGGAUCUACCCUAAAGGUACUCGAGUAGAUUCAUCCAACUACAAUCCGCAGCUCUUCUGGAACGCCGGCUGUCAGCUGGUGGCUCUCAACUUCCAAACUAUCGACUUAUCGAUGCAGCUGAACCUGGGCAUGUACGAGUACAAUGGGAAAUGUGGCUACAGACUGAAACCAGAGUUCAUGAGACGGCCGGAUAAACACUUCGAUCCUUUUACUGAGAGCACAGUAGACGGGAUAGUCGCCAACACGCUGUCUGUCAAGAUCGUCUCAGGUCAGUUCCUGACCGAUAAGAAAGUAGGCACAUACGUGGAGAUCGACAUGUUUGGCCUGCCAGUGGACACCAAGAGGAAAGCGUUCAAGACCAAGACAUCUCAGGGCAAUGCCAUCAACCCUCUCUGGGAAGAAGAGGCCAUUGUUUUCAAAAAGGUCGUCCUUCCUACACUGGCUUCACUGAGGAUAGCAGUGUUUGAAGAAGGAGGAAAGUUUAUUGGCCACCGCAUCAUGCCUGUUUCAGCCAUCCGUCCAGGUUAUCGAUAUAUCAGUCUAAGGAACGAGAAGAACCAGUCGCUGAUGCUGCCCGCCCUCUUUGUUUACGUUGAAGUGAAGGACUACGUCCCAGACACGUUUGCAGACGUCAUUGAAGCCUUGUCCAAUCCCAUCCGCUAUGUCAACCUGAUGGAGCAGAGAGCCAAUCAGCUGGCUGCUCUCACCUUAGAGGAAGGAGGAGAAGAGGAGGGUGACAAAGAGGUGGAGGCAGGAAGUGAUGCGCCCUCGGAAUCUACAGUGGACCAGAGGCCAGUAGUACCUGCGGAGAACGGAGUGAGUCACACUCCCAUUAUCGCCCCCAAACCUCCUUCACUUGUUGGGCAUCAGCCUCAGUCUGCAGGUUCACUGAAACCAUCAGUGAAGACAGAAGACAUCAUACAGAGCGUCCUCACUGAGCUGGAGGCUCAGACAGUGGAGGAGUUGAAGCAGCAGAAGGGGUUUGUCCGGGAGCAGCGGAAGCAGUACAAGGAGAUGAAGGAGCUGGUCAAAAAACACCACCGCAAAACAAGCGAGCUGAUCAAGGAGCAAACGGCCCGCGUCUCUGAGCUGCAGAGCCAGCAUCAGAGGCGACGCUCCACCCUGCAGAAGAGCCACAAACGUGACGGUAAGAAAAGUCGGUCUGAAAACUCCCUGUCGACUCUGGACCAAGAACUGUGUGAGCUGGACCAGGAGUGCGGCCAGAAACUGGCAGAGCUGAAGGAGCAGCAACAGCAGCAGCUGCUUAAACUCCGCCAAGAGCAAUACUACAGCGAGAAAUACCUGAAACGAGAACACAUAAAACAGCUGGUCGAGAAGCUGACGACUAUAGCAGAGGAGUGCCAGAGCGCUCAGCUUAAAAAGAUCAAAGACAUCUGUGAAAAAGAGAAGAAGGAUCUGAAAAAGAAAAUGGACAAGAAAAGGCAAGAGAAGAUCAACGAGGCGAAAGCCAAAGACAAGAAUUUAACAGAAGAAGAGAAGUUAGAGAUCAACAGAUCUUUUGUCAACGAGGUGGUGCAGUACAUUAAACGGAAUGAGGACAGCUGGUGUAGAAGGUCACUGACAAUCCAACAAAAAAAAAAAAAAAUCCUUCAAUUUGUCCUCUACAGGAAACCAAAACUGCAGAGUGAUCUGGACCAGGAGUACCAGGACAAGUUUCGCAGACUGCCUGUGGAGAUCCAGGAGUUUGUUCAGGACAGCAGCAAGACCAAGCUUUGCGACGACAGCCUCCCUGGAAACCUCGUUUCGUCCUCGACAACGGAGAGGCUCAACCACAAGGCGUCACAGUCCGAAGACGACAUGGAGGAGGGCUCGUCAGAACACGCUUUCGACACCGCCCUUUAGGGAUCUGACGUCUUGCUUCACACCGGGACAUUGUUUGGUCGCUGAGGUUUGUGACCACAGGCUUAGGAUGAGACUGCCCCACCUUUGGUCCAACUUGUAACCAAUGGGAGGAUUAGAUCAAAUCUAAGCCUGAACGGGUGAGUAGAGAGGUCCUCUCAGCUUACCGUGAAGUCCUGUCCAGAAAACUGUUUCAUGUAAAUAUCUCUUUUUGUGUAUUUGUAUGUUAACCCUGUACGUUGUUCUCUCUUUCGGUACGGCCACAGGACGUGUUACUGGACACUAAUUAUUUGCAGGAAAUAACUUACUUGAACUAUUGCACAGACAGAGUAGUUUCCUUUUUUUGUUAUCUUUUAUGUUAUCAUGAUGCUGUGACAGUCAGAGAGGUUUGGUGUGCCAAGAUCUGCUUUGUCUUACGGUGGAUUUCAGUUAAGUCGACUUGCACUGUAAAAAAAAAAAAAACAACAUAAAAAAACAACUUUACAUAGCCUUUAAAGUUUCUAUCUUUAGAAGGUUGAAUUUCAUCCUUUCAUGUUUGCACUGACGCCUCCCUGUAUAAAACUACAUAACUCUUUAAAACUACAUAACUCUACUUUAACCCAGAAGCACUGGUGGCGUUCUGGUUUGCUGUUUUUUUCUCACAGAACUAAGCCUUUGUGUUGCUGCUAUGAUUUAUGUUUUGUUUUUGUUUUUUACUCAGCAUUUUAGCUAUUAUUUGUGUAAUGUAAACUUUUGCUUAAUACGAUGCAGUCAUUUCUUAUUCUUUUUUUUAUGUUUUGGCCAGUUUUUAAUGAGUUUUACAUUGUUUACUGCCAAUUCUGUUGCACCAGGAUGAGAAGGGAUAGGAUGUUGUACAGUGUGUGCAUGCAUUUGAACAACUGUAAAUGUUACAAUAGCGGUGUAGCACAGAUGUUUAUUUAUGUAUAUCAACCUUUUUUUCUGGUACGUUUUUGAUUGAACUUGCAAAAUAGCUGUGGCUUUAACACUGUGGAAAUGGGACUGUGUCUAAAAUCAAACGGCUGCAGUUUUCAAGUAAACAGAUUGCUUAUUGUUUUCUUUACAGCCCCCCCUUCAGUUAAAGCUGUUAAACCAAGGAAAAAUUAUCACAAGAAGAUCCAGUUUUAGCCAAAUUAUAGGAAGUGGCAUUCCUAUAAUUUGGUGCUGAGGCUGUAUUUACUCAAAACUCAGAGCGGAUGCCUGAGACUACAGAGAACAUGUCAACCCCCCUCCCUUUGCCUCCGUUCUUAAUCUUCACCCAGUUUGAGGGGUUUUAUCUGGGAAUAAGGAAACGGUAGGGAAAUGGCUUCAUUUUGUCCCAACAGACGACGUAGCAAUCAGUAACGUAAAAACGGUUAGUAACGUGAUGCCUGCCAAUAACAAAUGACAUUUGGCCAUUUUAAAUGCAAUGCAGCAAACAACAUAGUAACUUGGCGAUAAUGUAUUACAGUUUUUAAAUCCAAUAACAUCAGAACAUUUAGUUAAUUAUGUAAUGGUGCUACGCUAUUGGGCUGGGAACUCCAAGCAAAACCAUGCGGAUCACAUGAGCAUGACUCUCUCCCUGAUAUACACCAAAUUCCAUGAAAUGACUGAAGUGGCUGAAGCACGUUAGAGAGUGACCUGCAACAAAGCAGACUUUUGCGGUCUUAAACUCUAAUCUCAAAAACUUGUAGAAGUUUGUGCAAUUGCUAUUUUCUGAACCUCUAAACUGUCAUAAGGUUUGCAAUAGAAGAGUUAAUAGACAGCAGCCAGCGACUAAUCGCAUGGCAAACAGGUGGAGGUGGGUUACUGUGCGCCGGUAAUCGUCCUGUGUGAAACACAGAUCAAGAGCUGAAUAUUUAUUAAUAGUCAGAGAAACUGGAAAAUCUAUUUUUGUGGUUUUAGUAGAAAUUUUUACACAACCUUUUCCGUUUGGUGGCUACUCUGAUCUGAAACGCGUUACACAUUCUAUUCUUGACGUGUUUCACACAGGAAGAUCACUGGUGUCACACUUCCAUUUGCCUUGAAAAUAUUUGUCAGCUUCUGUUAAAUUUGGAGACAUCUUUUAUCAACCAUGCCUCAGUUCAUGCCCGCCAGGCGAUCACUUCAUAACGACUUGAAAACAAUUUUUUCCCAGAUAAUUUUUUUUCGUAUCAUCUUAUCGUAAUCUUUAAAGAAAAAAAAAAAACGAAAACACAGUUUUGAGAUUGGAGUUACUUUAAGAUGGUACAAAAUCUACUGUUGUUUUGUUUUUUUUUUUGCUCCUGUUAAGUUGGACAUUAGCUUCAGCCUUUGAGAGCUAGCAAUAUGGACCUAUACUAAUGAAGAUGGAAUUGAAGUAAGAAUUGCCAAGUGCAGUUAAAAUAAGAAUAGAUGACAAUUAUUUGCCAGAACCUCACUUUAAAAAAAAAUAAAAAAAACAA